AUUCAUUUUCUCUCUGUCCUUGAAAAUCUACUCAUUGCUAUAGGUUAAAUAGUGCAUAUUUGGAUGGUCGGUGUAGUUGUCCCAUCAGUGAAAUACUAUAUUGACUUUGGUUGGUAGUCCGUGGAGAAAACCUGUGCAGGAACCUCAAAUAUCAUCAUGUCUCGACGAAGCAGAAACGACAAAUAUGAGCCAAUUAAUUGGCAUGAAAUCUUCCAGAGGAUCGACAGUGAUGGGGAUGGUUACAUUCUUCGGUCCGAGCUGAAGAAGUACCUACUAAACACACCUGUAAGUGAAGUUCCUCUCUCAAAUGACAUGGUGGAUAGUAUGCUUUAUCAUGUGGACUACAACAAUGAUGGAUUUAUCAACUUGCAGGAGUUUUAUGGAUUGGUCAAUGUCCCAGUUGAUGCAGGAACCCGGUCUAUUGUACAGAAAACUCUUGUAGCUACAGCUUUCUCAAUUGCUCCACGUUCUCAAGUGUCUCAUGGGGAUCGUCUCUACAUAGCAGAGUACUCCUGUUGCCCCCCACCUCUUCUGAUCCCUUUACUUUGUGCAUCUGAGGUUGGCGUAUUUGUGUACUAUGCAGUGACCAUGGGUGAUGUAGGCCCUUAUUCCCCCGUUCCUUGGUCCUCUCCACUCAUUUAUGACCCAUAUCGCCGCAUGGAAGUUUGGAGGUUCAUCUCUUAUAUGUUCCUUCAUGCUGGGUAUGUGCAUCUGCUAUCUAAUGUGAUAGUAACACUGUUUGUGGGGGUUCCACUGGAGAUGGUUCAUCGCUGGUGGCGGCUCCUGAUUCUCUACGUAGCAGGUGUACUUGCUGGCUCUCUUGCUGCCUCCAUGUUUGAUCCUAAAUCAUACCUGGUGGGUGCAUCUGGUGGUUGCUAUGCACUGAUUGCAGCUCACUUGGCAAACAUCAUCAUCAACUGGGGAGAAAUGCCCUUUAAUUGGGUUCGACUGUUGGCACUGGUAACCCUCACGACUACUGAUGUUGGGGUAUUUGCGUACAUGACCCUGACCAAAUCAACUACAAGGGUGAGUUAUGUGGCUCACCUCGCUGGAUUUGUUGCCGGACUGUUGGUGGGAAUGGUGACACUUCGGAAUCUUCGUGAGCACCGCUGGGAGAUCAUUCUGAAAUGGAUCGGCCUUACAGUUUUCCUGUGCCUUAUUACUGCAGCUAUUGUCAUUCAGAUUGUUUUCCCAGAUUUGGUAGGUCUGUAUUCACCCAUGCCUGAGAAACUGACUGUGGAAACUGCAACAGACAUUGGUCUUUAAUGGCUAUAUGUAAUACUGUACUCCUAAACAGGAGAUAAACAGCAGGUUUGAAAGGUAGCUUUGAAGUACAAUUGAUUUUUAUUAUUCUAAAUGCCUAUACUGUACUCUAUAUGGGAAAAUCAUCCCUUUUUGCACCACACAUUGAGGCUUUUAUAAAAAAUUUCUCACUUUUUCACAUUUGCAUUGAAUAGUCUCUUGUUUAUUUGUUAUUAAGCGUAACAAGAGUAUGACAACUUUUUAAUUAAUUUUACUGGAUUUGAAUCUCAUUUCAAUAAUCUCUAUAUAUCUUGUUUUAUGAUGUUAUUUUAUAUUGAAUUGGUAACAAAUAAGAUUAUUGACAAAUAUCUGAUGAAUAUUUCAAUGUCUAGUGUUUACCCAAAGGAUCAUCUUGUUACAAAUAUACAUUACCAACAGUGCAGUUAAUAUUAAACUUUAAAGUACAGCUAGUACUGUAUCAGUGAAAAUGUUGUUGUUUGAAUAUAUACUGGAUGUAAGAUUUUCUUUUCAGUCUACUGAACACAAGUUUGUCAUUUUUACACAUUAGUAACUGCCUGACACUUAGAUUAUUUUUCUCUAGAAUUUGAUAUACAUAAUAGUUAAUAAUCACAGAAUCAUAGCUUCAUAUCACCUUGCACCAUCUCUCAAUAUGAGUCACCUUCCUUGUAUAGUGAAGCAUGGACAGGAAGUACAGUAUUUCAGAGCUGUAUGGUAUUGUGUGUUGGUGUUUAAGAAACGAAUUGUGCAAGAUGGUAUUAGUGAUAGGCUGUGUAAGAAUAAGAGGGUGACUCUCAGGAAAGGUUGUUGCCAGAUAUCAUGUGCCUAAAUAUAGAGAUUCUCCUUGCUGCUUAAGAGGAUUAUAUAUAUAUAUAUAUAUAUAUAUAUAUAUAUAUAUAUAUAUAUAUAUAUAUAUAUAUAUAUAUAUAUAUAUAUAUAUAUAUAUAUAUAUAUAUAUAUAUAUAUAUAUAUAUAUAAAAUUGGAACCCUUGUAGCUUAGUUUUAUUUUUAUAUGCACUUAUAAAACAAGGGGGGGCAGUAUUUGUAGCUGACCUUUGUACAGUUUUUAAAAUAUUUGAUACAUGCUAAAUAUUUUUUUACCAUUUACUAUGGUAUCUUAUGCACUGAACCUUUUUAAUCAACAAAGCAUUAUUAUAUGUACUGUACAGUAUAUGUAAGUGCACAUGUUUGUGAAUGUGUGUGUUUUGGUUACUAUUAGCAGUUGUGGUGGGACAGUACCAUAGUUGAUAUGAAUGAAGAAUUAUUUUAUAUGCCUUAUUAUUGCAGCUUUUUUACUUUGUAUAUAAAUGCAGUAUACAUAUAGGUAUAAUGAUCCUGUAUGUUAUGAUGGGAAUUUUUAAUACAGCCAAAGUAGUUUUUAGUACAUGUAUUAUUUUAAGCUUAAUUUAAAAGUGAACUAUUCAGUACGUGAAAUUCUUAAGAGUGCAGUAGAUAGAAUAGAAAGAGUAAAACUAGAAUUUGUAGAUAUUAUUUUUAUGUUCAAGAAAAGUCUUUUUACUGUGUCAAUAAAAAAGGGUAAUAUGGUCAAAGCUCUAAAAUUCUAAAUUUGGAAGUCCCUAAUGUUCAAGAAUAUGCCUGGUCUCAGAUAUAGAGUGUGAGUUUGCGAGUCUGGUCACUGUAACCUCGGUUUUCCUUUAUUAUUAUUAUUAUUAUUAUUAUUAUUAUUAUUGUGCUAUAUAUAUAUUUGUUUUUAAUUAUACAUACACAUAUUUCUUGCUGUAAGAAAGUGGUGAGUUCAAUAAAAAUCAUGUGUAGAGCAAAAAAUUGUGAAGUGAAAGCUAUUUUUCCCAGACACGUAGUGUUAUAAAUGGAGAAUCAUUGCUGGGGCUGCUUUUCUGUCACUAUGCAAUCAAACUACAGUACUGUACUGUAAUUAAAAAAGGACAUAAUAACCCAUAUAUCAAUACAGAACAUUACUAAUUAUUGGUAUACUGUAUAAUUAAAUUAUUAUAGUCACCAUAAAUACAUUAAAACAAGAAAAAAGCAAAUUUGGUUAUCAAGAAGAAUGAUUUUGCCUCAUUCACAGCAUUUUUAUCUCACUUUUCUUGGGUUUCCUCACAGAGAGAGGGCUGGACAUAUUGUGAAUUAAGGUUCCAUGCAUACCUUCUCUCUAAACCAGUGGUUCCCAAUCUUUUUAACGUGACGCCUCCUUUUGCUUUUUGUCACGCCCCUCCCCCCCCUUAUAUUUUAGUAUGUAAAAAUGAUUUUUUUUUUAAAAUUAUAUUUUAGUGUUGUUGAGGAUCAGAUAACUCCUUGUGAAAGAUAUGAGUAGUGUGAGAGUCAGUAUGGUAUCAUGACGUACAAGACGCAUAAGGAGAGAGAGAUGAAAUGAUAGAAAACGGAUCAGGGUUGGCUUCAUUCCUACCCUGUACCCACCUCACGCCCCCAGUUUGGGAACCACUGCUCUGAACUACACACAAAAUAGACUACUGAUUGAUUGACAGAUGCCUAGCCUCACCAUCUUUCAGUGUUAUGAAAAACAAAUAUAACCGAGGUUUUCUUUCACAUAAAGGACAGUAAUCUUACCUCGUGUCUUGGGGCGGCAAAAGAUUAGUACAAUACUGUACCUGCACAGCGAAUCCUAAUUGGAGGAGUGGUACAGUCUAUAGUAAUUUGGGCACAACUUAAAUGUGCAAUGCAAGAAAAGUGUAUCGGUAAAGAUACAUUGUACAUAGUGAAAUCUGUAUACCGUACUACUUAAUCCCAAGGUGUUUGGAGUUCUUAACUUUGAUUGUAAUACCAUAAAAAGAUUUAAGAGAUAGUGUAUAAAUAUUUAUACUUUAUUUUGGUUGUCCUUAUUGCAAGGCACAUAACAUUAAGUGGUAUAAUUGAUUUUCAGUGGUAUAGUGUGUUUAUCUUGCAGGUGAAUGACAAAUAGGUUUAGUUCCUGACUAGGGAAAAAAUUUGAUUUUCAUUCUGUACACUGGCCCUUGUGCACUCAGCAAUUAGUACAGCCUGUACACUUGUGUAUGUUUGCUGGUGGUGGAACAACCCUUGGGUAGACUGGCAUCCUACCAGGGUGGUGGGAUACUCCUUUAGCUAAAGAAUACUAUGAAUUGGGAUCAUCACCUGACUAGCCAUUCUGCAUUACAGUAGGAAAAGACUCGUGUGCACAAAAAAAUAUUUCUUACAAAAUAUUACAACUUCCUAAGACAAUUGCUGCUGUGUUUACUUAUAUGUAAUGUGAAUGAUAUUCAACAGGUAGCUAGAUUAUUUAUUUUUAUUGAAGUGAUAGUAAGAAAGCUACUAUUUGGUGUAUCUGCUACUGUAGUUCUGAAACACAGCUUUCUUAGCCAUCGUGUACCUUAUAAGCUAGAUCUGUUUAGAUUUUUUUAUGCUAUAUGAUUUAUACUUCAUAUUUUGUAUAAAAAAGGAAAAUAAUGA